GAUAAAAUAGUGUUAGGUUAUCAAAUGUGUACUUUUUUCAUCUCAUUAUGGGAGUUAUAAAUAUGGUGCUAGACGCAUGGCCACUUUGUAUAUACAUGUUCUACACCAUCAACUUUAAAUUUCAUCAUUAGUUUCAACAUAAUGGGAGAUAUUUCACACUCCUUGGAUGUACUCUAUAAUCUCUUCCCCCUCAUUAGGGUUUACAAAGAUGGCCACGUGGAAAGAUUAUGCGGCACCGACAUUGUUCCGGCCGGGUUUGACGCCGGAACCGGAGUACAGUCCAAAGACGUCGAAAUCUCCCAGGCGCCCAGAGUUUCAGUCAGGCUAUACCUGCCUGAAACUGAUGGCCGCCGGAAACUUCCCCUUUUGAUCUACUUCCACGGCGGUGGCUUUGUGGUCGAGUCGGCCUUCUCGCCGAUGUACCAAACGCCUCUUAAUUUGCUCGCGUUGGAGGCUAAGAUCGUAAUCGUGUCGGUCGAUUAUCGGCUGGCCCCAGAGCACCCUCUCCCCGCGGCGUACGAGGACGCAUGGGCGGCCCUCCAGUGGGUCGCCAACAACACGGAGGAUGAGUGGUUGAGGGAGCACGCGGACUUUAGCCGCGUGUUCCUCGGGGGCGACAGCGUGGGCGCCAACAUAGCGCACAAUCUGGCAGUACGAGUCGGGUCUGGCAGAAACGUUGACCCAGUCAAACUCGAGGGGCUAUUCUUCAACUGCCCGUGUUUCUGGGGCACGGACAUGAUCGGGGAUGAAGGGGAACACGAGCUGAUAUGUUCUUUCCUGGAGAACAUGUGGCGGGUGGCCCAUCCCACUGCAACGGGGAUGGACGACCCGAACAUAAACCCAGGAAAGGACCCGGAACUUGGGAAAAUGGGUUGUAAGAGGGUUAUAAUAUAUGUAGCUGAGAAAGACCCAAGUAAGCAUAGGGGAUGGCUUUACAAAGAGGCAUUGGAUGGGGUUGGGUGGGGAGGAGAGGUUGAGGUUGUGGAGGUUAAGGGAGAAUCUCAUAUUUUCAGCUUGUUAAAUCCAAUGUGUGAGAAUGCUAUGGCUAUGCUUAGAAAGUUGGCAUCUUUUUUUCACCCACAGAGUAAUAGUGCUUAACUUUGGUUUUUUUUAUAUGUGUAAACCUAUGGGACAGAUUAUGUUAUGCAUGUUGUGUGUUGGGUUUUGAAAAUGAAUAAUAUAAUUGAAUGAUAUGUUGUGUUUUGGGUUUUGAAAAUGGAUAAUAUAAUUGAAUAAUGAUUUAUUUUCUUUUAUUAAUUUGAUGUUUUGAUGUUAACUUUUUUGUUUUUGCUAGAUUUUACUUAGUUUUAGUUCGUUGGUGAUGAUGUUGUGAAUUGUUUAGAUAAAAGAAAUAUUUAUACUAAUU